AAAAAUCUUGGAUUACUGUGCUAAAACCCCUUGAAAAACCCAACACAAAUACUAGAGAAGAUGGAAGGAAAUUCAGGGUACAAGGAUUAUGUAGCUGGUUUAAUGGCCGGUAUUGCUAUGGUUAUUACUGGUCACCCUUUUGAUACCGUUAAGGUGAAGCUCCAGAAACACAAUACAGAAGCUCGUGGAAUAAAGUACAAGAAUGGAUUGCAUUGUGCUGCUAGAAUAUUAAAAACCGAAGGAGUUAAGGGGCUCUAUCGAGGAGCUACAUCUUCGUUCAUUGGCAUGGCCUUUGAGAGCUCACUUGUAUUUGGCAUUUACUCCCAAACAAAACUAUUGCUUCAGGGUGGACCAGAUGGAGGUAAGCCCCAACCUCGAGCAAUAAUUCCUUCAGCUGCUUUCGGAGGAGCUAUUAUCAGCUUCAUUCUAUGCCCAUCAGAACUGGUGAAGUGUAGGAUGCAAGUUCAGGGUGCUGAUUCUGUGGUACCAAGCUCCAGUAGAUAUGGAGGUCCUCUUGAAUGUGCCCUUAAGACUGUAAAAUGUGAAGGGCUCACAGGCAUAUUUCGAGGAGGCUUCACGACCUUAUUAAGAGAAUCUUUCGGCAACGCUGUCUUCUUUAGCACAUAUGAAUAUGUGCGUUAUUAUUGUCAUCUACAGCGGAAAGGUGCUUCCUCUGAGUCUAAUCAAUUGAUUGAUAUUGGAGUUGGAAUAAUGAGUGGUGGUCUUGGCGGUAUAGCAUGCUGGUCAGCAGUUCUGCCGUUGGAUGUAGCAAAAACUAUAAUUCAGACCACCCCAGAGAAAAAACAUACAAGAAAUCCAUUUCGCGUUUUGAAAUCGAUUUACGGGAGAUCUGGUCUUAGAGGAUGCUAUAUGGGUCUAGGUCCUACAAUUGUGAGAGCGUUUCCUGCUAAUGCAGCUGCAAUUGUUACAUGGGAGCUGUCAGCCAAGUUGUUGGGAAUCAAGCGUGAUUUGAACUAGUAAGAAUUCUUUGUUGCUGCCAAUAUUUAUUCUGGUUGCCUGCUGGCUUAAAGCUUUAGAGGCUCGUCGCAAGGUUUUCAUGUUUCUUUUAAUGUGCCCUCACUGUCGUGCUACUAAUUUGGCAGAAGCAAGUUUCAUUUUUUAAUGAGAUAAUCCGAGUAUCUUUAAUUUGAGCUUUGUGGUUCUCUGAUUCUCUCAUUUUGUUUUAUCCUUUGUAACUCUUCAAAGGACCAAAUAUUAGUAGUAUCUUAGCUUUGAUUAAUUUUGUUAGCUAUUGGUCAAACAAGUUAAUUGAAGUUGAGUGUUCUUCUUA